AUGGCUGCCAACCACCUUCGCGCCAGGUGGAAACACAACAUGAGCACCUUUCGCCGGCAGCCUCUUGCCGAAAUCUCUGGAUCGCUUGGUGAUCUGGGAACCUUCCUUCCAAUCGCCAUCGCCCUGACUGAAGGCCAUCAAAUCAGCCUCUCUACCACUCUCAUCUUCUCGGGCGUAUACAACAUCGCGACAGGCAUCGUGUUUGGCAUCCCACUACCCGUCCAGCCAAUGAAAGCUAUAGCCGCAGUUGCCAUCCUCGACUCCCUCUCCGCAACCACUCUCGAAGCAGCUGGACUCUUUGUCUCCUUAUGCAUUUUACUCUUCUCUACCACAGGCCUGCUCGCGUGGUUCACGCACCACAUCCCUAUUCCUGUCGUCAAAGGUAUUCAAGUCGGCGCCGGCCUCUCUCUUAUCAUUGCGGCGGGCAGCAAAGCCACUUCCAGCUUGACCUGGCUCCACCCCUGGUCCGACAACUACAUCUGGCUCGUGGUCGCAUUCCUGUCCCUUUUGGCAACAAACAUCCGGCCUAGAAUCCCGUACGCACUCAUCGUCCUCCUGCUUGGCCUCGUCUUCGCCUUCAUCCGCACCCAAAGAGUCCCCUCUGUCACACCUUGGCGACCUUACACUCAGGUUCCUGACGGCACUGCAUGGCGCGAAGGUAUCCUUUCUGCGGGGCUCGGACAACUGCCCCUUACAACUCUCAAUAGCAUCAUUGCCGUAACGCAUCUGUCCGCCGACCUCUUACCCGAGGUGCCCUGUCCCAGCUCCACUGCCAUCGGCUUCUCAGUCGCAAGCAUGAAUUUGAUUGGCUGCUGGUUUGGCGCGAUGCCCGCCUGCCAUGGUAGUGGCGGCCUCGCGGCGCAGUAUCGAUUCGGCGCGCGAUCUGGAGCGUCCGUCAUCUUUCUCGGCCUGCUGAAAGUCGUUCUGGGGCUGCUCUUCGGAGAGAGCCUCACUACACUUCUCCACAAAUUUCCAACCGCAUUCUUGACGGUCAUGAUCAUCGCCGCGGGGCUAGAAUUGGCCAGCGUGGGCGAGAGCUUGAAUACGGAAAGGGCGCGGGACCUUGGCAAAGGAGAGAACGAGCGACAGGGUGAUAAUACCUUAGACCAAGCGGGAAAGAAGCGGCGCUGGUCCGUCAUGUUAGUGACUACUGGAGUACUCGUGGCUUUCAAGAAUGAUGGGCUAGGAUUCGCUGCAGGGAUGCUAUGCCAUUGGAGCUUCUCUUUGGAACAGUACCUAACGGCAAGGUGGUCACGAGAGAAUGCAAGGCACGACACAGACAGGGAGAGGGAGCCGCUUCUGCCUUGA